GCAUCGGUGGCCACCUGCAACGCAAAGAUGUGAGAACGAUCUCAGUCGUGCUCCCAUGCGCCGAAGAGCGAGAUAACGCGAUCUGGACGGUCGAGCGCUUCUGCCGUCGCACUCCUGCAGAACACCUUCAGGAGGUGAUCGUGGUCGAUGAUGGGUCAAACCCACCGCUAGAGCAGCUCUUCCAGCAGAGCGAGGAGAAAUGGGCCCAGGACCCGCAAUGUAAGGGAAAAGUCCGAUUCCUGCGCCAUGAAACGACAACGGGGCUCAUGGCCGCCAAGCUGACCGGUGGCCGGGAGGCCCGCGGUGAUGUCAUCGCAUUUAUUGAUUGCCAUUGUGCGCCGCAGCCGAAUUGGCAUCAGGAGAUCCUGGCACAAGUGCGCCUGAACCCUCGUCGGAUGGUCGUGCCUGCCAUCACGGACUUGGAUCUCGAUACCUUCGACGAAAGGGCGGACUCACAGGUCAACGCCAAGUGCUAUCUCACUCUAGAUGCGGAUUUCAAGUGGUUCGAUGACGAGUCAGACUUCAUCCCGACGAUCAGCGGAGGACUUGUCGCGAUGGGUCGCGAGUGGUUCAAUGCAACCGGCGGCUUCGACGAG